UAUCUUUCAUCUCUCCCUGGGGCUGGCCGCUGGAGGAAACACACUGAGGCAGAGAAAAGAAUUGGGGAUAGUCCUUUUUCUACUUGAUCGAUUCGGUUAGUUCUUAUCUCUCUUUAUAAUCUUGCGUUGUCUUGAUGGCUUCAUCUUUAAUCACAUCAUCUUUCUCCCGCCUUUCGCUCUUCCAGUAUCCCACCAAAAACCCAUUAUUUUCGACCCCUUGUAACAUUAACCAUAAAAUAAAGAAUUUGAAUAGGUUUCGAUCAGUUUGCUCGUCAAUGGCGUCUGGGCCGAAAGAAUCUCCUUCAAACAAUCCGGGUCUUCAUUCAACUCCAGAUGAAGCUACUAAAGGAUACUUUAUGCAACAAACUAUGUUUAGAAUUAAAGAUCCCAAAAUCAGCCUUGAUUUCUACUCACGUGUGUUGGGAAUGUCGUUACUCAAAAGAUUGGAUUUUCCUGAAAUGAAGUUUAGCUUGUACUUUAUGGGAUAUGAGAAAGUAGAGACGGCUCCAACUGAUCCCUCGCAACGAACAGUGUGGACAUUCGGUCAGAAGGCUACUAUUGAGCUUACACAUAAUUGGGGUACUGAAAGUGAUCCAGAGUUUAAAGGAUACCACAAUGGGAAUUCUGAUCCUCGUGGCUUUGGCCAUAUAGGUAUCACUGUUGAUGACACAUACAAGGCAUGCGAGAGAUUUGAGAGUCUUGGAGUGGAGUUUGUGAAAAAACCCGAUGACGGAAAAAUGGAAGGGAUUGCAUUCAUUAAGGAUCCUGAUGGCUACUGGAUUGAGAUCUUUGACCUUAAAAGCAUUGGCAAUGUAGCCACUGCUGCUGCCUGAGCAAAAGGACAUUCAUGUUGGGUCCUGUUGUGCGUGGCUGGGGUUUACCAUGCCUCACUAGGUUUAUUAUUAUCACAGUGAAAGAGUUAACUUGAAGAUGAGAAUAAAAAAAAAGAACCUUUACUAAAUUUUCUUCUAUUUUUCUGCAUCUUCUAAAAAUGAAGAUUUUCAGUGGGUUAGUAUUGGUAAUUGGUUGUUGAAUAAUACUCCGUAGGAUGGAUACAGUUUGCUAAAAGAUACUGGUAAAUAAAUAAUCUAUUAUUCUGAAAGUAAUUCUAUGGUUC